AUGGCAUCAUGGGUGCUUGCACACCCGCCAUGGCACUCGCUCGCUCGGGUCCGCAUCCGCUGGGAUACGCUUGUCAAAGCCGGCGGGUGGACUAGACCCGGCAGACACUUCCUCAACACUCCUACGCUCUCUCUCCGCAUCGACUUGGACGAAGAGACCCCCUCCAUGCGGCAGAUCAAAGCAUAUCCAUACCCUUCAGCCCCUCCCGACUCGUCUCUGUUCGAAGAAGCCACGGACGAAUACGCCACCGCUGCAUUGACCGAAAGCGAGGCUACACUCUUUGACAUACCCGCAGGAGCCCCUCCAUGUACGCUUCUGAAGUGUCUUGUUAAAGCACAAAGAUAUGAGGACGCGGAGCGCGUGUAUACCGAACUUGUGGCCUUGGGUAUCGAGAUCAACCCCCACCCUGUCUAUCACUUCAUCGCCAGGAGGACCCUCUCUACGCCUGGACUCGCUUCACAGAAACGAUUGGACACUUUCAUGAAGUGGUGGUCGUUGGUUCCUGCCAGCUCAGAAAUAGACUGUUCGCGCUCCGUUGGUUUCAUCCUCACGGAGCUACUCAGGAAGGACCACUCGCCCGAUAUCCCACUUAUCGCCAGCUUCGCUCUCCUCGCUGCUUCUAAGGGAUAUGCCAUCCAAGUCGGUCUGGACUCCAUUCGACGAAUUGCCCGCUAUGCCCCGUCGGAUUUCACCACCCGCUUCCUAGAGGAGUUCUGCGUCACCACUUGGAAUUACGAGACAAAAGCAAAGCAGACGCGUCAGGAGCCUCCGAGCCGACGUGCUCUGGAUUUGAUCCAGAGUCAAUUCCGGAUAUGGUACAAUGCGGCAGUGUCUUCCCUCGUUGAUUCGGGAAAGCACCGUUCCGCCUUGCAGCUCCUUAAGCUGGCCCAUUCGCGCAAGCUCUCGAUCAAGCAGGGUACGUACGAACACAUCGUGUCCGUAUUCCAAGCCCAUGGCUACCGGGAUGCUGUCCACGCAGUGCAACAGAUGAACAGAGGGAUGAGCUCCAGUUCUGGCAAUCACGAGACAUCCGACCUGCCCACGGAGUUCUCCGCACCCCAAGACAUAUCCACGAUUUAUCUUCCACUUCGCGGGCACGGCACUGAGCUCGCCAAGUCUGCACGGUCUAUAAAGCGGGCAUUCCAGGCAGGGAUCCUCGUUCCUGCAAUACAACUCACAGAGGUCAUUACGGUCUUCCUUCAAUCCGACAGGAAAUCCGCUCUCCGUCGCCUCCGCAACCUGGCCUAUCGUUCCGGACCGUCUGCCAUCUCGACGUGGGCGCUUGCGGAGAUGACCUUUUACGCUAACCGCAAUUACUUCCAAUCGCUCCUGCACGUCUUCGAGCAGCACUUCGACCACGUCGGCGUCCCCCCUGAAAUUUUUGACCCCAUCCACUUCUCCGAGCAGCGCCACGAUCUGACCAAAGUCAAGGUGCCAGCCGUCGCCCUCCAGCAGAUAGGCCCUGUGCCCUCAAUUUAUCGUCGGUUGCCCCCGUCCAAGGAGCACACCUACCUUCUAUGGCGAAUGGCGGUUAAGCAUGCCAAGCGUCCUGCUAGCGCGGCGAGACUUUACCGCGCCUUUGUGAACGUUAUUACUGAGACUCGGAGCAUUCCUCGGAACGUCUACCCGCUUCCCCGUCUUCCCUCUCCCGUUAUGCCACCCGCAGAGGGCCAGAACAUGGAGUACCUGCGGCCGAUGCCACCUCGUAUACUGUACGAUGCGCGUUACUUCGACGUCUUCGUCAACAAGUUCUUCUCCUACGGCUUCAUCUCGUACGCAACCCGUGUCAUAGUCGACAUGUUCUGCCUCGGCUUCGCGCCACACAUCCGAACGCGCGAUGCGUUCAUGAAAGGGCUUAUGUUCAAGCCGGGCCAGGCAGCUGUGGAGCGCCGACUGCAGUAUUGGCAAAAAACCGUCGACCGCGCCAUUGCACAAGCUCAGAACCUACCUGGACGUAGUGCCUCUCCGGAGCAGCUUCGCGGGCGCAUGCUCAGUUUCUUCUUCCGCGCAACGAUCAGGAGGCUUAUGCAAGACGGGAGGCGCCAGGAGGCGAUCUAUGUUGCACAGCACCUGACCCAGGUGGCCUCUGCUAGAUCAGAGCUCAAGAAUGUUUUGAAGCGGGACCUGGGGUUGCGCCAGAAGUCAGAAACUUGA